AUGAUUACUUCAAUUAUUAUCUUAUUAUUGUUAAUCAUACAUGAAUCUAUUACUUCUAUUCAUUUAUUAAAUACAACAUCAGGUAUCUAUGUUGGUCAGACCGCACAUUAUCGUGAUGUGAUUGUUCAACGGUAUCUCGGAAUUAAAUAUGGUCGAAUUGAAAAACGCUUUGAUCAUGCAGAACCAAUUAGAAAAGAAAAUGAUACAAUUAUUGAUGCAACAUCAUUAGGACCUGUAUGUAAACCAACAAUAGAUUCAUGUGAAAUUACUACACAGGGAGAUUUAAUGGAAACGACGUGUGGAGUUACGUAUGGAAUAUUUUCUCUAGUAUCAUCAGCAAAUGAAGAAUGUCUUUUUUUAAAUGUUUACAUUCCCAUAAAUAAUAAAACUAAUCAAAAUAAAAAGGCUAUCCUAAUGUGGAUACAUGGCGGUUCUGGUCAAAUUGGAACGGGAAAUCUUUUCGAUGGAACUAUUCUUGCGGCUUUAGGAGAUAUUAUUGUCGUAACAUUUAAUUUUCGUCUGAAUCUUUUCGGUUUUCUUUCGUCAGGUGAUGAACGUUUAUUGGGUAACAAUGGUUUAUAUGAUCAAUCUAUGGUACUCGACUGGAUAUAUGAAAAUAGCGAAGCAUUAGGUGGUGACAUUGAACGUAUUACAGUGGGCGGUCAUUCGGCGGGUGCACCGCAUGCUUAUUAUCUAGCAAUAUCACCAUUUAAUCACGGUCGAAUACGUCGUUUAAUAUUACAAAGUGGUUCUCCAUUCAAUAUUUGGUCGCACAUACAAGCUAAUCAAGCUAUGGAACGAUUUAAUGUCGUCGCGGACGAUAAUCAAUGUGGAUCGAUAGACGGUUUCGAUGGAAAAUUGAAUUGUUUACGUGAAAAAGAUUAUCAUCGCAUUGCUGAAUAUGAACAUCAUACAUAUACAAGUGCCUAUCAUACAAAUGUUGUUCUUCAUGGAGAUUAUAUGAAUGAAUUUCAAUUAGAUUUAAAUUCGACUGAUACAUUAGCAGAUACUGAAAUGCUUAUAGGAUCUAAUGAUGACGAAGGUGUCUUUGUAGCCAUAAUACCUAUUUUAAUAGAACAACAAGAUCAAACAUCCCUAGAACUCGGCAAAGUGAAUUAUACUGCUGUUUCACUUAAAUUUCUUGCUGUCAUGCAACCAAAUAAAACAUGUCUACAUCAACAAGCAUUAGAAUUGUAUCAUAUUAACCAAGCUCCCGAUGAUUGUUCCGAAUCGCCUGAUUGCUAUUGUUCGUUAUUUUAUAAUUAUUCUCGUCUUAUAAGUGAUGUUCUAUUUUUCAAUGAUUAUUAUCGUUUUCUUACCCAACGUGUUCAAUAUUCUAAGAAAACAUUUGCUUACGAAUAUUCAUAUCGAACAUCUCAAGAUCAUCAAACAUUAUGCAAUGAUUAUCUAUAUAAACAUAAACUAGUUGGUCAUUUUGCUGAACUUGAAUAUACAUGGGGUACACCAUUAUUAUUCGAAAAAACGAAUAGUACAAAUAAAUUAAUCCCAUUAAUCAACUAUAUUCUAUACGAUCAGAAUGCUACACAUAGUUAUACAGAUGAACAAAUAGCUUUUAGCGAAUUGAUGAUUGAACAAUGGUCAAAUUUUAUCAAAACUGGCCAACCAAAUAGUAAAACAAAAUUUGAAAAUCCAUGGAUACCGAUUGUUAAUAUUUCCGAUGGAUUGGUUAUGCAUUUCACUAUGCAUCAAAAUGAAAUGAAAAAAUUUGAAAUUCCAUUAAGUGUACAGUUUUGGAUGAAUGCAUGUUCAACAAUAGAAACUUCUAAGAGUAUCAAUUUAAACGACCAAGCAUCAACUCAUGAAAUAUCGUUUACAUUAUUUUCUUUUACUAGUUUAUUCGUUUUAUUUAUUUUACAAAGUUCUUAUGUGAUGAUGAUUUAA